AUGGGUAACUACUCGAAAGCACUUGAAUUUUACGAAAAAGCACUUAAAAUGGAAGAAAAAGCUCUGCCUCCGAAUCAUCCCUCAUUGGCUACUUCCUACAACAACAUCGGUGGAGUGUAUUGCAACAUGGGUAACUACUCGAAAGCACUUGAAUUUUACGAAAAAUCACAUAAAAUAUACGAAAAAGCUCUGCCUCCGAAUCAUCCCGAUUUGGCUACUUCCUACAACAACAUCGGUCAAGUGAAUAACAACAUGGGUAACUACUCGAAAGCACUUGAAUUUUACAAAAAAUCACAUAAAAUCCUCGAAAAAGCUCUGCCUUCGAAUCAUCCCUCAUGGGCUACUUCCUACAAUAACAUCGGUCAAGUGUAUAACAGCAUGGGUAACUACUCGAAAGCACUUGAAUUUUACGAAAAAUCACAUCAAAUCCUCGAAAAAGCUCUGCCUUCGAAUCAUCCCUCACUGGCUACUUCCUACAACAACAUCGGUGUAGCGUAUGACAACAUAUGUGACUACUCGAAAGCACUUGAAUUUUACGAAAAAGCAAUUAAAAUAAGAGAAAAAGCUCUGCCUCCGAAUCAUCCCGAUUUGGCUCAAUCCUACAACAACAUCGGUUUCAUGUAUAAGAACAUGGGUGACUACUCGAAAGCACUUGAAUUCUACGAAAAAUCACAUCAAAUCCUCGAAAAAGCUUUGCCUUCGAAUCAUCCCUCAUUGGCUACUUCUUACAAUAACAUCGGUCAAGUGUAUAACAACAUGGGUAACUACUCGAAAGCACUUGAAUUUUGCGAAAAAGCACUUAAAAUAAGAGAAAAAGCUCUGCCUUCGAAUCAUCCCGAUUUGGCUAUUUCACAUGGCAGCAUCGGUCAAGUGUAUAACAACAUGGGUGACUACUCGAAAGCACUUGAAUUUUACGAAAAAUCACUUAAAAUAACAGAAAAAGCUCUGCCUUCGAAUCAUCCCGAUUUGGCUAUUUCAUAUGACAACAUCGGUCUCACGUAUAAGAACAUGGGUGACUACUCGAAAGCACUUGAAUUCUACGAAAAAUCACAUAAAAUCCUCGAAAAAGCUCUGCCUUCGAAUCAUCCCGACUUGGCUACUUCCUACAACAACAUCGGUGGAGUGUAUGACGCCAUGGGUGACCACUCGAAAGCACUUGAAUUUUGCGAAAAAUCACAUAAAAUCUACGAAAAAGCUCUGCCUCCGAAUCAUCCCUCACUGGCUACUUCCUACAACAACAUCGGUAUGGCGUAUUACGGCAAAGGCGACAACUCAAAAGCACUCUCAUUCUUAGAAAAGGCACUUUCUAUAUGGCAAAAAUCACUUCCACCUAACCAUCCUAAUAUCAUAACAGUCACAAACGCAAUUGACUAUGUAAAAAAGAAAAUGUAA